GCCCGCUGUGUCCCCCCCUAGCUCGUGGCCCCGCCCCCCCCGGUGACGGGUAUUCUCGGGCGGAUAAUACAGACGCGCUGUUAUUGCUUGAGAAUACGCGUAGCCGAGGGGACGCCCCGGCCCUUGUGAGCCCUCGUGCAUCCUAGCCCUGCGGCCUCGUGCACCCCAGUGAGGCCUUGUGCGACCCUCGUGUGAGCCUCGUGCCUCCUCGUGCACUCUUGUGCCUCCUCGUGCAUUCACCGCACCCUUUGUGCGCACUCGCAGGGCCCUCGUGCAACCCUCGUGCACCCCUCCGGGGAGCUUCGUGCAGCCUUGUUGUGACCGUUGUGCAACCCUUAGGCACCGUCAUAGGACCCCAACACGUACUCCUGUGACCCUCGUGCACCCUUGUGUGACCUUUGUGCAUCCUUGUGCAUCCUCCUGUGACCCUUGUGCAACCUGGUGUGACCUCGUGCAUUGCUGUGGAUCCUUGUGUACCCUUGUGUGACCCUCGUGCAUUGCCGUGGAUCCUCGUGUGACCCUCAUGCACCCUCAUGUGACCCUCGUGCACCCAUGUGUGACCUCGUGCAUUGCCGUGGAUCUUGUUUGACCCUUGUGCAACUUCAUGUGACCCUCGUGCACCCUCAUAUGACUCCUGUGCACACUCGUAGACCUCAUGAAUUGCUAUGGAUCCUCGUGUGACCCUCGUGCACCCUUGUGCACCCUUGUGUGACCUCGUGCAUUGCCGUGGACCCUUGUGUUACCCUUGUGCACUCUCGUGUGACCCUCGUGCACCCUUCUAUGACCCUCCUGCACCCUCAUGUGGGCCUCGUGCACCUUCGUGCACUCUUGUGUGACCUCGUGCAUUGCCGCGGACCCUCUUAUGACCUCUGUGUGACCCUCGCGCACCCUUCUAUGAUCCUUGUGCGCCCUUCUAUGACCCUCCUGCACCCUCACGUGAGCCUGAUGCACCUUCGUUCACGCUUGUGUGACCUCGUGCAUUGCCGUGGACCCUCGUGUCACCCUCGUGCAUUGCUGUGGAUCCUUGUGUCACCCUCAUGCACCCUCGUGUGACCUUUGUGCAUCCUCCUAUGGCCCUUGUGCAACCUGGUGCACCCCCACGUGACCCUCGUGCACCCCCGUGUGACCCUCGUGCACUCACUCUCCCAGCGCACCCCUCCCCAAGCGUUGCCGGGCAACGUGCGGGUGAUUGACAGCUGUCCUGGCCCGUCUGGCCACGCCCCCAACUGAGGAAGCGCCACUCUGAUUGGCUGAGACUAGCAGUGGGCGGGGCUUUGUGGAGCUGCGCUGUGAUUGGCUGAGCCGCGCAGUGGGCGGGGCUUAGGGGCUCUGAUUGGCUCAGACUCGUAAUGGGCGGGGCUGGUGAGGCCCGGUACUGAUUGGCUGAGGUGCACGCGGUAGGCGGUGCCUAUUGGGGAAGCUCCGCUCUGAUUGGCUGAGGUGCCCGGAGGGGGUAGGGCGAAGAUCUCGGCUCAGAUUGACUGAAUUGCGGGGGAGGGGAGAAGCUCGGCGCUGAUUGGCUGAGGCGCACGCGGUAGGCGUAGCCUAUUGGGAAAACUCCGCUCUGAUUGGCUAAAAUGCUCGGAGGAGGUGGUGCGAGCAUCUCGGCUCUGAUUGGCUGUCACGCGGGGAUUGCGGUCUCGGAUUGGCCGCGGCCCGUGGGGGCCCCGCGAUGGCGGCGGCGCUGGAGCGGGCUCUGGGCUGUGCGGGCGCGGAGCAGGAGGCGGCGCCGCCGGUGCCGGUGCUGGUGUUGGGCCCCGCGGGCUCGGGCCGCACGGCGCUGCUGCUGCGGGUGGCGCUGGCGGGGGGCGCCCACGGGCCACGGGCCCUUUACCUGGCGCCCAGCGCGCCGCCGAGGCUGCCGGGGGGGGACGGCGACCCGCGCGCGCUGCAGCGCCUGGAGCUGCGCUACCCCCCCACGGCGGCCGCCCUGGCGCGGGAGUUGGCGUCGGUGCCGUCGCGCCCGCGGCCGCCGGGGCUGGUGCUGCUCGACGGGUUGGAGCGAUACGUGGGGGGGGGCGCGGGGACCCCCUCUCGUCUGGCUGCGCUGCUGCUCGAGGCCACCCGGACCCCCCCGGGGCAGGCGAUGGCCGCGCUGCGCCUGCCGCCCCCCCGUGACCCCCGUCUCCUGCCCACCCUGCGGCGCUUCUUCCCUGCUGAGUGUCGCCUGCGCCUCGCCGCGACCCCCACGCUGCGAUGGACGCUGCGUCUCACCCGGCCCGAGGCCCCCCCACAGCGAUGGACCCUCAGCGUCGGCCCCAGCGGGCGGCUGCGAGCGCACCGGGACGGCGACGGGGACACCGACGGCGAUGGGGACACUGACGGCGAUGGGGACACUGACGGCGAUGGGGACACCGAUGGUGAUGGGGACACUGAUGGUGAUGGGGACACUGAUGGUGUUGGGGUCACCAAUCCCCAAUCCCCCCAGACACCGGGAUAG